UGCAAAACGCAACUCCUCUGCUUAUCUCUUUCCCCCUGUCGCUCUCUCUCUCUCUCUCUCUCUCUCUCUCUCUCUCUCUCUCGUUUGUGUUCACUUUCACAUGUUUGAGUCGGAGGAUAGCAGUCUGUUUCCUGACACGCAGAGACUUCUCUCCAAGACGCAACUCCGCCAGCAACACCUAAAGACUCUCGGGAAGACGGGAUGGACAGAUGUCUUCACGUCCCUCAGAGACGGAGAUGAGACAGGCUCGGAUCUGAAACGACACUUAGACCUGGAAUAAAUCACACGUACAGUAACACACACCUGAGGAUCUGGACGGACUCCUCGGAGAGGAUGGCACACACAGACGAGGACCUGAUCGGAAUCCCCUUCCCGAACCACAGCAAUGAUGUCCUGUGCAGUCUUAAUGAGCAGCGGCGGGAUGGGCUGCUUUGCGACGUCAUCCUAGUGGUCCGGGACCAGGAGUACCGCACCCAUCGCUCCGUCCUGGCCGCCUGCAGCCAGUACUUCAAAAAGCUCUUCACAGUGGCCACCGGCUCCAGCCAGGACUCCAACCAGCACGCCAUCUACGAGCUGGACUUCGUGGCGCCGGAAUCGCUGACAGCCAUUCUGGAGUUCGCGUACACGUCGACGCUGACGGUGACCGCAUCCAACGUCAAGGAGAUCCUGAGCGCCGCCAGGCUCCUGGAAAUUCCCUGCAUUAUAAACGUGUGUCUGGAAAUCAUGGACACAGGAGGAGGUGGAGAACGCGGAGGAGGUGAAGGACCUCUGGAAGGAGAGGAGUUUGAGGGGGAUGACGAGGAUGAAGAGGACGAGGAGGAUGAGGAGGAAAUGGAAGAGGAGGUCGACUCCAAAGAUGGAGAAUUUGAGGACAACAAUAGCGAGAAAUCCACUCAAGGGGCUGAAAACCAAGAGGAACCAAAAGUUUGGGAGGACGGGAGGACGGACAGCCCACCAUGCAGCUCCCAACAAGGGGCGCCGAACCCAGACCGGGAUGGCCAAGAAACCCAAAGACGACAAUCGGACACUCCAGAAGCCCAGAAACCCAGAGGGCAGGAGGGAUUGGAGGGCCGGGCACUGAAAGACUUCUCGAUAGAGUCCUUACUUCAAGAGGGACUCUAUCCGAAAGUGCCAGGCCUGGAAAGAGGCGCAAGAUUCUCGCCCCUUCUCCCAGGCUUCUAUCCUCCCAUAUGGGCAGCAGAAUUCCCAGGCUACUCUCAGAUUCUGGAGCCACGACAUCCUUCCCACCCUUUUCCCAAUGCUUCGUUGGAAAACGGCCCUUUGGACCUUGCGGUCAAGAAAGAAAUCAUCAAAGAAGAGCUGAAGGAUGAGCCUUCAAACCCUGUCCUCCACAGAGACUUCCUCAAAGACUUUAUGAGUCCAGGGUUGGGAAUAACUUCCGACCCCACCCUCGGAACAAUCAAAGAGGGAGCGGACCUGAGGUCCUACCUGAGUUUUCUUUCUGCCUCCCAUCUCGGGACGCUGUUUCCUCCGUGGCAGCUGGAGGAGGAGAGGAAGAUGAAGCCCAAGGCGUCACAGCAGUGCCCCAUCUGCAACAAGGUGAUUCAGGGAGCGGGAAAGCUGCCACGGCACAUGCGAACACACACCGGAGAGAAGCCCUACAUGUGCACCAUCUGUGAGGUCCGCUUCACCAGGCAGGACAAACUGAAGAUUCACAUGCGCAAGCACACCGGCGAGAGGCCGUACAUCUGCCUGCACUGCAACUCUAAGUUUGUUCACAACUACGACCUGAAGAACCACUUGCGCAUCCACACCGGCGUGCGGCCGUACCAAUGUGAGCACUGCUACAAGAGCUUCACGCGCUCCGACCACCUUCACCGGCACAUCAAGCGGCAGAGCUGCCGCGUCUCACGCCCGCGACGAGGCCGAAAACCCUCCGCCUGGAGGUCUACCAACUUCCUCUUCCCUCCAGAUCCCAACGCCCUCCAAGCAGACAGGACCAUGCGGCUUCCCGCCGCCGGCGGCACCCCCUUGCUGGCGAAACAGCAGUCUACGGGAGGAAAAACGCUGGAGGAUGCUGACGGUGACAGCCGGGAGACGGACAGAAAGCUCAUCUCAGAGGAUGGGAACAGGAAGCGGGGCGUGUUUGCUUUCACUGUGGCGAGGGAGGACAUUCUGCCACACCCGCCCUUCUAUUCAGCGACCUCUGACCCCUGGGCCAUGAGACUGGAACGAGCUCCGCCCAUUCCCGAGGCCGCAAAGUGACUUUUGUUAAUUCCAUGAAACAGCUGCUCGCUUCGGACCCCACAAAGUCUUUACGAACCGGGUUCAGACUCUGUAAUAUUAAAUGAGAAUGACAUCUUUGUUUGUCUGUUUCAUAAGUCAGCUUCCAAAUGGGAUGACAGGGAUUUUAAAUACUUUUUAAAUGACUAGAUUUGUUAAUAUCUUGGAUGUGCAUUUGUUAAAGCUGUUUUUGAUGCUUCAGCGUUUGCUAAUAAGGGUAAUGCGCUCAUAGACUGUCCAGUGCAGUACGUGAAAAUUGAAUGCAAAAAAUUUGACAAUCAGGUAUGCAGAAAGAAAAAAAAAGUCCUGCUGAAUAAGCUAGAAGCUUUGAUGUUUGCAUUGUAUUAUCUGACAGGUUUUGUAAUUGAACAGUUUUCAGUGAAGCUAAAUCCUAAACAUGGGAAAAUAACAAACAUUGUAAUGCACUAUGCAAAAUACAAAAGCGGUUAAAGUUUUUUUAGAAUUACCACAGAAACCACAAAGACAAAAUUAAUCAGAAAAACUCUCAGGAUUAGAAAUCAUUUUUGAACAAAUGCCAAACUAACACAUGUUACACACAUAAUAAGAUGUCAAACUAUUCUGCAGUUAAACAAAAGAGAAAUCAUGCAAGUUAUUUUUUCUCAUAAUUACUUACAGGAUUGAAAUUAUUCAUACUGACCCUUGAUUAAAUCGAAUGCUGUUUAAAAUAAUAAUUUGCAUGGAUGGCUUUCAGGUUCUACGGUGAAAUUGUUCAUUAUUGUAAGUGUUUCUGUACUGAACAUUGUAAAACAUCCAAAGAAGUGUUGUUAAAGAACAAACUUGAUAUCCAAUCUGUUUGCAAAGCAGUUUUUUCACAUAUGAAGUGUCUUGGAGGUGCUUGACAUGUACAGGAAAAUAAAGCGGGGAAAACGUCCACAACUUUGAUACUGUUCCUCAUCUGAAUGCCUCUAGUAAUUCAGCAUCGUUUAAACUGAAACGAAAAAUAUUUUCAUGCUAUUUAUGCAUAUUUAAAUAAGCCUUGGCUAUAUUUUACUAAGAUGUUUUAUAAAGACACUAACACAUUGUGUUCCGGUUUAUCUGUUUUUCAAGAGAGAAUGUGUCAAUGCAGUGUACGAUAUAUGACAUCAAAUCCUCUGAAUUCAAAACAAUACGGAAUUAAAAAUAAAAAAAGCAUUUAACUAAUAAAAAUAAAGAUUUUUAACUUCUGAGAAUGAGAAUUAAAAUCAUCUGGAAAGUUAAGUUUCUGCACUUCACACAAGACAUUUAAAAUGUUUUUAUCUUGGUGUGUAAAAUGCAAAUAUGUUUCAAUGGCCAUGUACAACGAAGGUGCUUAAAGAUGUGCGUGUGUGUAUAUAUAUAUAUAUAUAUAUAUGUAUGUAUGUAUAUAUAUGAAGCCCUUCCGUGGCGACUGGUGGGAACUUACUUGCACUAUUUGUUUGAUGAUGUUUUAAUAUUGGUUACGAUAUAUAUCUUACCUGAUAUUUCUUACAGAUUUAAAAACAUACAACAACAAAAAAUCACAGAACGUGUCUGAGAUAUGCACUUUAGUCCUCUUUUACACAUUUUCAGUGAAAGUCAUUUUUAUAAACGUGUGUGGUAUUUGUAUAUUAGAUUAAUCCCUGGUAAACGGAUUCAAAGAACUGGAAUAAAAAUACAAAGCUUUUUUCAAGAA